AUGACUACUCUUACCAACAACGGAGAUGGCCCUCUUCAGGUGCCCGGGUUCGGCUCCAUCCCCUUGGAUUUUCAGCUCCCGCCAGAGGCUCGCUUUGCACAUGGGCUGUUGGACUACCGCCACUCACCUCGGCUGACCAAGAGGGAGAUGGCCAUGCUUCGUCUCAUGCAACAGGUCACAGAACAACCUGGUUGGGAUUCGGCCGUAAUCAAUGAGGAUGAGGUCCAGCUCGCGCAAUGGUACCGCGAUGCCACGGAAGGACCGGACGGUCACCUAAUCAGCGCCGCUGCAUGGGACUGGUGUCUGGCGGAACUACGCGAUAAAGCAGAAACGUGGCGGGAAACAGGCCGCCUCCUGGUCUUUGACAGUUCCUCGGCCGUGUGUCAAGCCGAUGUGUCUCUGUCAGAUCGGGAGUCCCCGUCCCUGAAAGAAGGGGUCCAAGCGGAGAUAGACCGAUUGGGGGCCCCACACCCGCAGCCCAGACCCUAUAUUCAAUAUAAUCGCUUAGUGGAUCCAUCUUGGUAUCCCCUUGUCUACGACCAGACUCGAGUCCUAAUUCAUGGGGGGCGGACUUCCCUUGACAAUUUUCUCUGGGAUUCGGCCGAAGAACCUGAGGGAGAGCUACCUCCCCAUCCCGCGGGCCCUCCCCAACACCGGCCCCUUCAUUUGGAACGCAGGCCUGGCCAAGGAGGACCGGAGAGCUGCUGGUCCAACCGCUUCCAAUGGCUUCCCUGCGAGGUGCAAUUCAGUGAUACUGACAUCCUGGAUGUUCGCAUAGCUUCAUACGUCAAUAAUCUUCACCCGGGCGGACACCAAAGCCUGUAUAGGCAUCUUGAGCGCCUCAUAGCAAGCUCCGUUCCUUCCUGGAAUGAGAUCUUGUUCUACGGAAAUACCCGUGGCUGUCGCCCACCACGGAUUUUGACAUAUGGAUGCGAGGUUCAUGACUAUAAAGGAGAGGAGAAGUUGUUCAAUGCCCUACAUCACUGGCCCCGCUUUGAAAUUGACACUGACAAAGAGUGGGAGACCCUGCGCAACACAGCCCGUGAGUACAUCGGAGGUCCUGAGCCACCCAAGUGGAAACAGGCGGAGCCCUUGCCUGACAAACCGACCAAUUUGAUGGAAAUGCUCACUCCCGAGCAAUGGGAUGUUCCCGGCCUCGUGUAUUCAAUCGCCAGGCACAAACGCACUCGUCGAGCCUGGUUCGAUCACCCAAACCCCGGUGUCUCUUUCUCGUAUGAGCAGUGGAAGCAGGGUGAAUUCACGGGACGAGCAGUCCACGUGCAGCGGCUCAGCAAAUACCCUGAUCCGCUACACCAUGACCACAAGCCCGUUCAGCUGGAGAAGCAAUUUCGAAAGAAGGGCCUCCAGGUUGUGGUAGAGAUUACUCGCAUCGAAAUACAUCCAGACAAUCCCAUCUUUAACGGAGAAAGGCAUUUCCACACCGAGGGGCUCCGCAACGACCGGAUUGCAGCCACCAGUCUGUAUGUGGUGGAGUGCAACAAUAUCACCCCCGCCCGCCUGGCAUUCGAGCACGAGGAUAAAGUCCACGCCUCGGAGCUGGAGUGUCAGGUGCCUCGAGCGCUUGCCGCGGUCCUCGAUGUAGAUUCCUGGGAGUGGUACGAAGAUAACCACCCCCGCGCACUGCACGCUUUCGGGUCGGUUCCACUCACAGAGGGCCGUCUCCUCAGCUGGCCUAAUACCUAUCGAUCGAAACUGGAGUCCUUCCGCUUAGAGAAUCCCAUCCAGCCGGGGAAUCUGACCCUGAUCAAACUUCGACUCGUCGACCCACACUAUCGCAUCUGCUCAACACUGAAUGUUCCUCCGCAGCAAAAUGAGUGGUGGGCUGCUGCAGCCCGACAGGCAGCUGGGCUCGACCAACGCUUACCCCUGGAGUUGGUAUGGUCUGUAAUGGAUCACCUGAAAGACUGGCCAAUUUCAGCAGCAGAGGCCGAAGAUCUACGCAUAAGAUUGCUAUUCGAGCAUGAACGCGUGCGACGGGUCAUCGAUUCGUGCGUGGGGCACCAUAUCGUGAAUAGGCUCCCUUAUGAUGAAGAGGAAGCUCGAAGUGUGAGGGAAGUAGAGAUUGGGAUGAUCGGAUACGAGUCCCCUUAG